AUGGUGCGUAUCGCCGUCAGCAGCUCGGCACGAAACGAGCUGGUUGGGGUCGGCGGCGUCAUCGAAGGACCAGGAAUGGUGCCCGAGACGUUUUCAUUCACCCACGGCAUGAGGACCGAUUAG